AUGAGAAAUCAGAUCUUCUCGCCCUCGGGGAAGGGAGAUCGAGGCAGCGGCGUGGGCGCCCAGCUGCCAGGAACGCCCCAGCCGUCGGAAGCGUGGCAGUCUGUCAGGAUCGGGCUGCCUGGGGCGCUCGCGGUCACUGCCACCAACGUCGGUCGUCGGAUCUCACCGUCCUCACCUGCACCUCUCGUCACUCGGCGGGCUCCGCCACCCUCGUUCCCCCUCCCCGCACGCCCGUGUGGACGCCGGAGGCCGCCAAGGGCCCUCCUGGCGCCAGGGGAGGGAACGGCCUCCCGCUGCCCGCCCGGAGAUGCUGCGUGUGGCGGGGCGGCCUCCUCCCGCGGCCCGGGGCGGCCCUGCCCCUUCUCCAUCGAGCACAUCCUCGCCAGCCAGCCCGAGCGGAGUCCCCCGGCCGGGCCCGCCCCCGCCCAGCCCGCCGGCCGCCAGAGCCCCGCGGAGCUCGGGAGCCGUGGGCCGAAGGCCGCGCCCUGCGCCUGCUGCUGCUGCGGUCCCCGCGCGCCCUCGGAGGCGGCCGCCGGCUGGGCGCGCGCUGCCGUGGCCGCUGAGGCUGGGCCCGCGGCCCCCGUCCUUGGCCGCGCCAGCGGACCUCGGGGGGCGCUGCCCGGCGCGGGAGGCCCGGGCCCGCAGCGGCGCACGCGGCGCCACCGCACCAUCUUCAGCGAGGAGCAGCUGCAGGCGCUCGAGGCGCUCUUCGCGCAGAACCAGUACCCCGACGUGGGCGCGCGCGAGCGCCUGGCCGGCCGCAUCCGCCUGCGGGAGGAGCGCGUGGAGGUCUGGUUCAAGAACCGCCGGGCCAAGUGGCGGCACCAGAAGCGCGCGGCGUCCGCGUCCGCCAGGCUCCUGCCUGGAGCCAAGAAGCCCCCAAGGCGAGCUGCUGAAGGCGGGGGGACCGCGCCUGGGCUCGGCUGUGACCGUCGGAGCCUGCGCUGA